CAUGAGAUACUGUAAAAGCUUUUGUUACUGCCACUGAAUCUUUGCAGAGGACAUUGAGGGGGGCAGGUCUCUUUUGGACACUGGUGGUACAGAAUUCAAGCUGGUUGACCUGCGCUACGGAUUCGUCAGUGAAAUCCUUGGAGGGAGGUUUUUUAUAAACUUACAAGCUGAAGACAGAUGCAAAGUAAUGAAGGAAAGGAGUGGUUUAGAGUAAUUGCAUUUAAAAUAAAUGUACCUGGAGUGCAGAGUAUGCAUGAUGGUUGCUUGCUGGGAUGUGCUUAAUAGGCUAAGAAGUCUUGACUGAACUUGAUUACAGUCAAUAGUCCAUUUUUCAUCUUAUCUAAAUAUGUCUGAGGUAUGUCUUGUUUGACAUGACACUAAGUUGUCCCAGCCAUAUAAUCUCUGAAUUAAUGCUCAUCUUGCUGCUUAAUUUAUCUUGAUAUAAACAAGUCUGUUACUCCUCUCUAUGGACUUAUUUCUCCUGAAGGAAAAUUAUUAAUUACCUAUCCAGUCUGUACCCAUAGUAAAUGCAUUCCUGCGGCUCUUGGAUGGCGGAAUGGUAAUUCCUACCACCAUAUGUUGCCCAUUUGGUAUUAUUUCUUGUUUUGGAAUAUCAGGAAAUUUAUGGAAAAUCUGUAAUUGGCAGUGCCCUUGCAGAAAGUGGUUGGCGUUUGCUCUGGCAUGGUUCUGCUGGUUCUGUGAAAUGUACUCCUGCAAGGGAGACUUUCAAAGCAGUGCUGAAUCCUUCAGGCACUAUUUGAGCCUUUGAAAAUGUACUUGUGCGUAUACAACUGCUAAUUGGUGUCCUGUCCUGUGGCACCCACCGUUAUUGCCACAUCCAGGUAUUUAAGGGCAGUUGAAAAGCGGAGAGCGUUUUUAUAUAUUUGGGUUGUCUUUUAUUCAGUCUCCGGAUAAGCAAAGACAGCAUUCUUGUAAUGGAAGAGGAGAGAGUGGCCUUUUUAUUUUUUUCCUUCCCUUUUUUUGGCUCACAUCUGCUGGGGAUUUUUCUUUUUUUAAAGUUUAAUUAAGGAUAAGGAGAAAAAGGAUGAGGAUGCCAUGGAAACCCAGAUAGCUCCACUGACAGGAAGUCGCAUAAAGGUUUUAGAGCCAGCCAUUAGGAAUGCAGUGGACUGGCUGGGUCCAUGGGUGAACACGAAGUGAGGUACGCAAUCUGCACCGCGCUCCAGCUGGAGCCUGCGGCACGCAGGAAUCUGCAGUGCACAGUGCCAGGGCUAUCCUGGCUGAGCCUGAGCAUCCUGCUGGCCUCCUCUCCCUUCCCCCCACCACCACUCGCAUUCUGAACUGAUUAAAACAGAGGAAGUAGCACAUCGAGCGCUGAAUCUGGCUCAAAAAUCGAAGCCGACUUCUCGUUCACAAGGAGUGGAUUGUUUCAGCUUGUUGUGUCACUGCUGCUGGAGAGGGAGAAUUUUUUUUUGUCUCUGUAAUGUUUGAUGCUUGAGGGAAAACAGCUGGAACUGAGCAUACUGGAUCAGAUGCAAAACGAAAUGGGAUGCUGGGGAAUAUGGACUGCACUGUAUAUCUGAAAAGUCAAGAGAACAAUCCGAUGAUGAAACAGAGGAGUCGGUGAAGUUUAAGAGAUUGCACAAGCUGGUAAAUUCUACUCGCAGAGUCAGGAAGAAACUCAUAAGAGUGGAAGAAAUGAAAAAACCCAGUACAGAAGGCGUAGAAGAGCAGACGCUUGACAACUCUGCUAUACUGGAUGACAGAUCAGCACUUUACUCUGGAGUUCACAAGAAGCAAUUCUACUUUGAUGGUUCCUGCGAGAAGCAGACAGAGGAUGACUCGGACUCGCUUACUACUUCUCCCUCAUCUAGCAGUCUUGAUACAUGGGGAGCUAGCCGGAAACUGGUCAAGACCUUCAGCAAAACUGAUAGCCGUGGCCUUAUCAAGCCUCCCAAGAAACUUGGGACAUUUUUUUCUUACCCGGAAGAUGAGAAGACCCAAAAAGUUUGCCGCUCCUUGACAGAUGGGGAGAUGAAGAAGAGCCUCGGCUCGCUGAGCCAUGGGGUAAGUACAGAGAGCAUUUGCUUUUAUGACAGCAGCAGGCACAAGCACCAUCUUCUGGUGUCCCUGGAGGAGAUUCAGAGUGUAAGGAAGCAGAUCCGAUUGAAGAAAAUGGAUACUAACUAUUCCUGUUCCAGAGCUUUUCUUUGCCAGCGCCCUGCUAGGAAAGGAGCAUCCACCACAACUUGUGACCUACAAUUACUGCGGCACAAAGCAAAAGGGGGUGGAGGUUGUGGCUUCCCAAACAGAAGGCUUCGAGGGCGCACUUCUGUCAGCGAGUUCAAUAUUACCUAUGUGGUGGAGAGAAGCCUAUACAGUCACCUCAACCUCUCACAGCUGGUGCGUCCCGUUACUGACAGGACCCUGAGCAAGGCUGACAAGCAGGACCUGAGGAGAUGCCUGCUCGAGGAGGAUGAGGAGGCCAAGAGGAAGUGGGCUGCCACAGUGGAUCGUUGUACUAAAAGGGUUCUCUUGAGAAUCCACCAAAAGUCUAGAACCUGCAGCUUUGGAGGAUUUGACUUGACGAAUCGUUCCCUUCAUAUUGGAAACAAUUCUGACCAAAUGGGCAAGGAAGGCGACUUUGUUUAUAAAGAAGUAAUCAAAUCACCCUCUGCCUCCCGUAUAUCUCUGGGUAAAAAGGUGAAAUCUGUGAAAGAAACCAUGAAGAAGAGGAUGUCUAAAAAAUACAGCAGCUCUCUGUCUGAGCAGGAGUCAAGCCCUGGAGUCAUACCAGGUUCUCCACAGUCACCGCCGCCAGACACUGACUCCCUGGACAAACCCAAGCUGAAAGCUGGUGGCUCAGUCGAGAGCCUGAGGAGUUCCUUAAGUGGUCAGAGCUCAAUGAGUGGUCAGACAGUCAGUACAACAGAUUCCUCAACCAGCAACAGGGAGAGCGUGAAAUCAGAAGAUGGGGAUGAUGAAGAACCACCUUACAGAGGACCUUUCUGUGGAAGAGCCAGGGUUCACACUGAUUUUACUCCAAGUCCUUAUGAUACAGACUCUCUGAAGCUCAAGAAAGGUGAUAUCAUUGAUAUCAUCAGCAAACCCCCCAUGGGCACUUGGAUGGGCCUAUUGAACAACAAAGUUGGCACUUUCAAAUUUAUCUAUGUGGAUGUGUUAAAUGAAGAGGAGGAGAAGCCGAAGCGGCCCACCAGGAGACGCCGAAAAAGCCGACCACCCCAACCCAAGUCAGUUGAGGAUCUCUUGGAUCGCAUCAACUUAAAGGAGCACAUGCCCACUUUUCUGUUCAAUGGUUAUGAAGAUCUGGACACCUUCAAGCUUUUAGAAGAAGAGGAUUUGGAUGAACUGAACAUCCGAGAUCCUGAGCACAGAGCAGUUCUCCUCACAGCUGUGGAACAUCUACAGGAGUAUGACAGUAACAGCGACCAGUCAGGAUCUCAGGAGAAACUUCUCAUUGAAGGUCAAGGCCUAGCUGGAUGCUCUCCUCGGGAUUCUGGCUGCUAUGAAAGCAGUGAAAACCUGGAGAAUGGUAAGACCCGAAGAGCCUGUCUUCUCCCCUCAAAAUCAUCAAGUGAGCAUAGCUUUAAAGACUUCAGCAGACACCAGCUAUCAAAUUAUCCUACGCUCCCACUGACCAAGUCAAUAGAAACUCUACAUCAAGGAGAAAAAGAAGGCCGGUUGGGCUGUGCGCAUCGUGCUCUGAAGAGCUCUGUCAAUCCCCCAGCUGUUAUGGGUCUGAAGAAGAACCGUAGAAGUUUACCAGUUGCUGUCUGUCGGAGCUAUGAAACUCUGGAUGGCCCCCAGAGUGUGGAUGUAUGGCCAAGAUCUCAAUCCCUGGAUGAUCUCCAGGGAGAUUCCAAUACUAAUCUACAGGACAGUAGCAAGAAAGAUUAUUUUGCUCAGGAUUCGCUGGAUACAGCAAAAAAGGCAACUGGAUCUGCCCUGCCACCUCAGUCGUGUGGGGGCAGUUGUAUGGUCGAUAACUUGAUGCCUAAGCAGGGUAAAGCAGCUGCUCGUUCUCAGAAGGGUAGAGGUAAGGAGCUGGAGUGCUCUGUAAUGAAGAGUGCAGUUGGGAAACCUUUUCCGCUCCCUGUGAAACACUGUGAAGCUCAGGCUGCCUUGGUGACACAUUCUGCAACAAGGACACCUCUGGAAAUACAGAGUAAGGGCUUUCAUGACCUUGCACGGGCUGACUAUGCUCCAGUCCUCAAGGGAGGUCUAGAAGCUGAGCAAAGAGGCACAAAUGAGACAAGAAUGCAACCAAAAAAUCCCUCUCAGCCACCACCUGUUCCUGCCAAAAAAUGCCGAGAACGCCUUACUAAUGGAUUAUAUCAUCCUCCCAUGACCCCCAGUGGGAACAAUUCAAGUCAAGAAGCACCAUGUUUGCCAGUAAAAAAGAGCAGUGCAUCCACUCCCACUGAUUUUCAUGGAGUCCAUAGGACAUCUGAACAGGAACCCAGUACCCCUCCUAGCUCACUGCCACCUUGGCUGUUGGAGCAACCAGAGACUAAAAGUGUUCAGCAGCACAUGAUAAAGCUAGGGCCUGCUUCAGCAAGGAAAGUCUCUUGUAGCAGGGGAAUGGAUCUGGAAAUGGUAAUAGAAAACAAGUUGCAGUCUGAAGGUAUUGAUCUUACUGAAGAACCAUACUCAGACAAGCAUGGUCGCUGUGGCAUUCCUGAGGCUUUGGUACAGAGGUACUCUGAAGACUUAGACCAGCCUGAAAAGGAUGUUGCUGCAAACAUGGACCAAAUCCGGGUAAAGCAGCUGAGGAAGCAGCAUCGCAUGGCAAUUCCAAGUGGAGGGCUCACUGAAAUUUGCCGAAAACCUGUAUCACCAGGACUUAUCACCUCUGUAUCUGACUGGCUGAUUUCCAUUGGCCUGCCCAUGUAUUCCAGCCCACUCACAGAAGCAGGGUUCAACACACUGAGCAAAGUGCCUUCUCUGUCACAAACUUGCCUUCAGGAAGCUGGCAUCACAGAUGAAAGGCACAUAAGCAAGCUCCUGGCGGCAGCAAGACUCUUCAAACCUCUUGAUCCAGACACGAUUUAACAUGCUCCAUAGCAUGACAUUGCCUAGUCAAGAACCCACUGCUUCUUCCUGCACCAAUUUUGUCCUAAUUACUUUACAUAACUAAAGGGAUCAAGGAAGUGGCUCCCAGUGACAGGCAGAAUGCUUCUUCAGAGAAUAUGACAUGUUUCAAUUGCUGUCUUUGGCAACCGAAGGAGAAGAGAAGCAACCACCAGGUAACACAGAUGUGGUACUUCCCUCCCCCCUCACUCCCUUGUAAAGUAUUCCUGUUCCAAGUGCAUAGGGCUGGCCUGACAUCAGACAGCUUCAGGGAAUUAAGGGAUCUUACUUGCUUUUCCACAAGUUUGUUUAAGUGUUACUAAUAGGCACUGUAUUUGUGGAGAAGUGCUGAGGCUGGGGGCUUUCUGUACAUCUAGAUACCUGGAGUCAGUCCUACAGACCAUGUACAAAUCAAGGUGCAAGUCCCAGUAGAAGCUAUUUGGCAAAUGCCUUUUCUUUUUUUUAGUGGUCUAGAGCUAAAUGUAUACCCCUCUUUCCUGGUCAUCUUUGCUGUUGCUUGAUAUAGGUCCCAAUAUGCCUCAAAGCCUUUAGCUAGGCCAAAGUCAAUGGACUGAAGUUAAUUUACAGUAUGGUCCAUCUCUGUCACUCCAAUGCAAUUAACCCUAGGAGAAAGCUUCUUUUAAUUUGUACAGAACUGAGGUCAUUUUUAUAACUGCUUUUUAGCAAUCUGCUUUUUAUUUGCCUUAAAACAAGCUUUUAAGCAGUUACCUAAUGUUCACUUACCUGUACUCAUGCUUCCCAAGCCUUGUUUCAACCUCUCACUCAUAAGCUGCACUUAGGGUGAUAUUCAGCUUAAGUAGCUUCUAUAAAUUGCCUCAUCAUGACAUCUUAUGUGUUGUAUAGAUGCUUUUACAAAUGCAGGGUUAUGCUAGGUUUCAAUUGUGAGGCUGACUUCCUGUUCACUGCAGUCUGCAUUUACUGUUGUUACUAAACAGUUCCAAAAUAUACUGCCUUGUAUAGAUGUAACUGCUUUUCAUUUUAAUCAUAUUCUGUGUACUGUGUUAUAUUGUCAAUCAUUACGCUGCAGCUUUGACUUGGUAUCCUGACCGUAUCGAUUCCAAACAGCAGGUUUCUGCAAAUUAAAGAUCACUUGUGGGGGAUAAAAUGUAUUCAAAUUAUGUCCCAAAGAAAUCUUGAGAUUCUGUAAUUCCAUUGCCCGGACAAGAAGAAAAUGCUAUAUAGUCUUGUGAAUUACACUGUGAUUUUAGAACAGUUGGUAUCUUUCACGUCUGAAUGUUAGUGUUACCUCUCCCUGGGAGAGAGCAGUGUGCUGGCAUAUGUGGUGAGCCAUUUUUUCACUAUAUUUUUCUGCUAAACCCUUGUGAAAUGUUCCAUUCACGUAUGUGGCUAACAACAGAUCUUAUUUUUAUAUAUGGGGACACAUUUAUAUACCAAAUACAGAUUAUCAUGAAUAACAUGUGACUAGAUUUUUUUUAACUUGGGCUCUCUGUACAGUUUAUCCUUUAGCUUCCUUGUAGUGCAAGUGCUCCAUGGAAGGCAGAGCAAGCUUUACUCUGGCAGGCAAAGUGAGGUACAGAAACGAGGGCACAGGCUGGGAAGUGAGAUUGCUUCCAGCAUCAGUUCUGACGUCAGCUUACUGUAUAGAACCAGACGAGUCACUUCACAGCCUGGUGCCUCAGUUAUCUCACGCCUGUAUUGAUCUAAUAACACUAAUUUUCCUGAUCAAAUGCUAUCAGAUUGAUGAGUGGAGAGCUUUGCUUACUACAUCAGUCCUUACUAUGUACGAUACUUACAUGGCCGUGUUUUAAGUCAGAUGAACUACAUGUUUUACUACAGAUGACAAUUAAUUUGGCUCCCGUGUUAGGCUCAUUUCCUAGUUUUGGAGUUGUUGAGUGUUUGUAGCGUCAGCUUUGAACUCAGUCUGCAUCCAGAAGCACGCCAUCAUAUGAAGCAUCUAACUCACUGCUGUCAUUUGGAAUUGUUCUCAAACAAAACUCUUCCAAGUCUUUUUUUAAUGAUGUUCUCCUGCUGCAUAAAUCAAUUGCUCUAAUGUGACAGCGUCAGGAAACAUACAGCAAAAAUGCUUUGCACCACUGGUAAAGAUUUAAGGAAAAUGUGGAAAAAGUACAUUGUCUUUUUAAUAAUAAUGAUUUGUCAUUUCCUCUCUGAGGCUUACAUGGUAACUAUCAGCAAGCAGGAGAUGAAAGUAGUGAGACUUCCUGGGAGUACUGGCAGGGACCAGUACUGAGUGAAAGCAAGUACACAACAGCCUUCCUUGGAGCAAAGGAGAAGUCCAAGCUGGCUGUGUGCAGUAAGAAGGGAAACAUUUCUUCUUACAGGAAAGGCAAGUCACAUAAUAAAGCUCUCCCAUAUUAAUUACUCCUACUCAGUUAAUAACAGGAGAAAUACAGGAAUAAGCCAGACCCAUGUGCCAAACACACUCUGUAACUCCAUGGUUUUUAAAUAAUGACACAGCCCAGGGAAACCAAAUCCCACCCAUCCAGCACUAGAGUGAGCAGUCUGAGAUUUGUGAGUUCUAAAAGCUGCUUUGUUUUUCUUUUUAAGACUGCUCUCCGUGGUCCCACUUGAAUUAUAAUUUUAGUUUCUAUUUUAAUCGAAAAAAGCCUUAAGCUUUUCAGUGUUCGAGCUUCCCUGCUGUGGAUUCAGUGACCUGUGGCAUUCCCCACGCAGGUGAGGCAGUGUGCUAAAGAGCCAUAACCUCUUACAUUUCCUUGCAGCCCUUCAGUACAGUAAGCAAAAGAUCACUCUUUGGCUCUUGGGAAGCACAGAAGAAACCUGCUGCUGGAAUCCUAACCUGCUCUGCUCAGGCUAAUGACGUUACGCAUCUGUCCAUUGUACCAUUGUAACUCAGAUAGCUAUUUAAUGGUAAGAAGCAGCAAGCCCAAAAUAUUACAGAAUGCCUUCAUAAAUGUAAGCUUCCGUCAGUAAAUCUCUGUUAAUACCCAGAUAGUCUCUGUGCUCUUUUUUAAGAGCCUGGCUUUGAGUGCAGACUGGGAGCACGAUCAGAAAUGUUAAACACUGCAUUAUUCUAACAGGUCAUCAUCUCUAAGAGCAGCAAUAGUGGUCGAUUCACCAAGUCACAGCUGUGCAAUUGUACUGUAUUAUUUUUAGAAUAAAUAAUACUUUUGGUCCAAGAUACUUUUAUCUUUAAUUGACACCCUUUGGGGAAUCAAAACUGUCAAACAAGUUAUGUAACAACUAACAAAGUUGCACUUUCUGUAUAUGAAAUCAAUAUUUAAAUAACUUAUUUUUCUCCAUUUGCUGUUCUUAUAUGAUGUAAAGUAGCUGUAAUAUACCAGUACUCAAUAUGUCCUGCAGUUUGCUUCAACCCAAGAAAGCUGUGUAUUGUAAAGAAAAAAAAAGAAAAACAAAAUAUGAAUGUGUAAAGAUUAUUGUGCUGUUUCAUUUAGCAAAACAAAUGGUUGACAAAAGGGUUUUCCUGUGUAUCAAAACUUGUCUAUAAUUAUAUGUCAUACUGUUCAUAGAUAAAAAAAUAAAUAAAUUUCUUUGGUCUCUC